AUGGAGAACAGAACAAGUGGGAUUGAGCUGUUCAACAAUUCAAUGAAUCAGACGGUAGAAAUGUCGAGGAUGCCUCAGAAUCCUCUCGAGUACCAGAUAGUCACCGUCCUGUUGGUCUUGUUGAUCUGUGGAGUGGGGAUAGCUGGAAAUGUCAUGGUUGUACUGGUGGUGCUGAAGACCAAACACAUGAGAACGCCUACUAACUGCUACCUGGUGAGUUUGGCCAUUGCAGACCUGAUUGUCCUCCUGGCGGCAGGCCUGCCCAAUAUCACCGAGAGUGUGGUCGCCUCCUGGGUUUAUGGAUACGUCGGCUGCCUUUGCAUCACAUACCUGCAGUACCUGGGCAUCAACGCGUCGUCGUGUUCCAUCACCGCCUUUACCAUAGAGCGGUACAUCGCGAUCUGCCACCCCAUUAAAGCUCAGUUCAUCUGCACCGUGUCCAGAGCCAAGAAAAUCAUCGCCUUUGUAUGGGCCUUCACCUCCGUGUACUGCGUGAUGUGGUUCUUUUUACUGGACAUCAAGCAGAUCCCACAUGUCAAUGGCAUCCAGGUGGUCUGUGACUACAGGGUGUCAAGAAACCAUUACCUGCCCAUUUACUUUCUGGACUUCACUAUAUUCUACGUGAUUCCUUUAUUCGUGGCCACAGUUCUGUACGGGCUCAUUGCUCGCAUCCUGUUCCUGAAUCCGAUUCCCAGCACCCCGCAGGACACAGCCAAUAACUCCAUUCACAGGGGGCGCAGCAGCGACUCCAAGAUGUCCUGUCGCCGCAACAAGGGCCCGCAAUCUUCCAGGAAGCAGGUCACUAAAAUGUUGGCAGUGGUGGUUAUCCUUUUUGCUCUCCUCUGGAUGCCCUACAGAACCUUGGUGGUUGUCAACUCCUUCAUGAAUACACCCUACUUGAACACUUGGUUUCUGUUAUUCUGCAGGAUGAGCAUUUACCUGAACAGCGCCAUCAACCCUGUCAUUUACAAUCUAAUGUCUCAGAAAUUUCGUGCUGCCUUCAAAAAACUUUGCAAAUGCAAACAGUCACGGGCAGAGAAGCCUUCUGCCUAUAAUGUGCCUGUUUACUACAGUGUAAUGAAAGAUAUGUCCCAUGAAAGUCCAGAUCAUGAUCUAACAGAGCAAGAGGAUAUUAAUGGCUAUCCAAUUUCUAAUAAGAAGUUACAUUUUGAUAAUACUUGCUGUGAUACUAACACAUUUAGUGUUGCCUGA